AUGGGUAGUGUCCUCCUCACCCACGACUUUCAAGUGAAACUCAUCGACUUUGGCUUGUCGGAGCGCACGGCCGAUGCGUUGCACUCGGUGUGCGGGACCCCGCUCUACUGCAGCCCGGAACUGCUGUUUCUGCCGACCAACUUUCGCGACGAAGGCGUCGCGGGCGCCCCCGCCGACGUGUGGAGCACCGGCAUCCUCCUCUUUGCGGUGCUGACCGGCUGCUCCCCGUUCGACGACAGCUCGUUCUCGUCGCUGCGCCAAGAAGUGUACCGCAACUCGAUCAAGUUCCCAAGUCACCUCUCCGAGCUGGUGCAGGACCUGCUAGCGUCGAUCCUGACGUCGGACCCGGCCGCAAGACCCACGAUCCCGACGCUCUUGAGCCAUCCGUGGCUUGUCAAGAACGUGGCGCUGUAUCGGUCGACCAUCCGACUCGUGCGCAUGAAGUCGCUGUCCCGAGGGUCGUUUCACUCGGAGACGGAAGACAGCAGCGACGCCGCGAGCAGCUUGGACGACGCCGGGGCGUCCUACCGAGACUUGCUGUACGAUCAACUGGCCGAACAAGAAGAGCAAUCCCCACCUACUCGAUGA